AUGCUAAACUUUGACAUAACAAUAUCAUCAAUUGUAUUCUUCGUUUUUAUCAUUCAUACUACAUUUACUUAUUCUUUAUAUGUAAAUAAAAAUGUAAACACAGAGAUUUGGAAUUUAACAAUUAUUCAUACAAAUGAUGUUCAUUCACAUUAUGAUCAAAUUAAUGAAGCAUUCACGGAUUGUACGGCGGAGCAGUUCGAAAAGAAUAGGUGUUUUGGUGGGAUCGCUAGACAUAAGACGGCUAUUGGAAACCAUGAAUUCGAUAACGGUCCAGAAACACUUGCUGCUCACUUUGAACAAUUAAGCAUGCCGAUUGUGUGUGCGAAUAUCAAUACGACAUUAAAUCCUUUACUUGGGGCAUACAUAAAGCCAUAUCAUAUAUUUGAAGAGUACAAUCUUGCUGUGAUUGGUUAUAUAACUAAUGUAACAGAUGAUGUUUCCAACACGGGCUCAACCAUAUCAUUCAUCGAUCCAAUUCCUAUAGUUCAACAUUAUGUUGAUGAAGUACAUUCAUUAGGAAUUAACCGAAUUUUAACACUUUCUCAUAAUGGAUACAAACCCGAUAAGGAAUUAGCUGCAAAGACCCGUGGUAUUGCUGUGCAUAUUGGAGGGCAUAGUCAUAGUUUUUUAUCUAACGAUAUUACCUCAAAGGAUUAUUCUUUAAUAGAAGGUCCAUACCCUACGAUUGUCAAGAAUGCCGGGGGAGAGGAUACUUUGAUCGUCCAGGCAUUCUGGUCCGGAAAAUAUAUUGGACGUUUAGACGUUUCAUUUAACGAAGCCGGAAAAAUAGUCGCCUAUUCUGGUGCACCAAUUCUGAUUGAUCAAUCAAUUCCUCAAGACCUUGUUCUAGUUAAUUUAGUAAGCCAAUGGAGAUCUCCGUUAGAUAAAUAUACAAAUAUUAUAAUUGGUAAUGCACUAGACGCGUUUGAUCAUUCCAAAUGUCAGUUAGAAGAAUGUACAAUUGGAAACUUAAUCGCUGACUCAUUGCUUUGGUAUUGUCAGCAAAAUAUUAGUGGCAAAUUAAAUUAUACAAAAGCAAGUGAUACUACUAAGUUUGACAUUACGAAAAUAAAUGCCGCAUUCAUAAAUGCUGGAGAGAUCAGAGCUGGAUUAUUGGAAGGACCCAUAACAAAAGCUAAUAUUUUGACCAUUAUACCAUUCAAUAGUUCUCUGGUGAUUUUACCCUUAACUGGAAAAAACAUUUCAGAUUUGCUAGAAACGGCAGUAGGAAGAUCACAUAAUAUUAUUUCAGGAAAAGAAGUUAAUGGAUUUAUUCAAGUUUCCGGAAUCAGGGUUAAAUAUGAUAGUAGCAAACCGAUAUUUGAAAGGCUGAUCGAGAUAAAAGUCUGGAGUUGGGAUACCAGAAUAUUUGAGUCGAUUGUAAAUGAUAGAAUUUAUGAUAUUGCAACUAUUGAUUUUGUCGCAAGUGGUGGUGAUGGAUUACUUCCAUACCCAAUUCUGGGAUUAAUUCCUUUUGACACAGAAAAUGAGAUAUUAGCAAGUUACAUCCUUAAUCAAAAAAAUAUAACGCCUAAUCUAGACGGUCGUAUAUUAGAUAUUGCUAAGUUGAGCAAAAAAUAA